UUUAUAUAUAAUGGAUUUACCUGGACUAAUACAUGAUUUUCUUUUAGUCUUUCUGGGAUUGGGUCUUAUAUUAGGGGGUCUGGGAGUAGUAUUACUUCCCAAUCCCAUUUAUUCUGCCUUUUCGUUGGGAUUGGUUUUUGUUUGUAUAUCUUUAUUCUAUAUUCUAUCGAACUCACAUUUUGUAGCCGCUGCGCAGCUCCUUAUUUACGUAGGAGCCAUAAAUGUUUUAAUCAUUUUUGCUGUAAUGUUCAUAAAUGGUUCAGAAUAUUCCAAAGAUUUCCAUCUUUGGACCGUGGGAGAUGGAGUAACUUCUGUGGUCUGUACAAGUAUUUUUGUUUCACUAAUUACUACUAUUUCAGAUACGUCAUGGUACGGGAUUAUUUGGACUGCAAAAGCAAACCAGAUUAUCGAGCAAGAUCUGAUAAGUAAUAGUCAACAAAUUGGGAUUCAUUUAUCAACAGAUUUUUUUCUUCCGUUUGAAUUUAUUUCAAUAAUUCUUUUAGUUGCGUUAAUCGGCGCAAUUGCUGUAGCUCGUCAAUAAUACUCGUUCGAAACGAAAUGGAAAAACCUUUUUAUGAGCUAUCACAUGCAGUUUCUUUUUCUAUUUGACGUUGUAUAUAAAAUAGAAAUUCUUUAUUAGUUCGAUUUAUUCCCACUCUAUUCCUUUAUUCUAUUCUAUAUAUAUAUUCUAUUACUCGUUAUCGUUACUAGUCAAUCCAAUUGGUUAAAAUGUUGUUCAUAUUGAAAUGAAUCGCGAUUGAUAAGGAGUUGGUUGAU